AUGCCAACUUCAUGGGCUGAUUCAGUUGCAGCUGAGGCCUCAGCUGCUGGUAGCGGUGUUGGUUCUGCUAACAACGGUGCGAUUGGAACUAAUUCUGGUUCAAACAGGUCAGCGUACGUGCCACCUCAUCUUAGGAAUAGGCCUUCUUCAGCAACCCAACCACCUCCAGUUUCAUAUGCUGGCCCCGUUUCUUCUGCUAAUGAUCGAGUCCCAGGGCAAGGUGAAACUUUCCAAGGAGUGAAUCGUUGGGCUGGUCCAAGGGUAGGUGGUGGGAUUAGUACUGGGGGUGGUCGUGGUACUGGUGGGGGUUGGAACAACAGUAGAAGUAAUUGGGGGCGGCCUAGAGAACGGGAGGUCAACCCUUUUGAAGAUGAUGACAAUUCUGAGCAGGUGUUUGGUGAUCAGGAAAAUACUGGGAUUAAUUUUGAUGCAUAUGAAGAUAUUCCAGUGGAGACUAGUGGGGACAAUGUGCCCCCUCCUGUGAAUACUUUUGCUGAGAUUGAUUUGGGUGAUGCUCUGAAUGAAAAUAUUAGAAGAUGCAAGUAUGUGAAGCCUACUCCUGUUCAGCGACAUGCAAUCCCUAUCUCACUGGCAGGGCGAGAUUUAAUGGCCUGUGCACAAACUGGGUCAGGCAAGACAGCGGCUUUCUGCUUUCCAAUUAUUAGCGGAAUCAUGAGAGGCCAACAUGGGCAGAGACCCCCUCGUGUGCCUCGGAUGGCAUUUCCGCUUGCUCUGAUUCUUUCUCCGACACGGGAGCUCUCAUGCCAAAUCCAUGAUGAAGCUAAGAAGUUCUCCUACCAAACUGGGGUGAGAGUGGUGGUUGCUUAUGGUGGAGCGCCCAUCAACCAACAGCUUAGAGAUCUUGAGAGAGGUGUGGAUAUACUUGUUGCAACCCCUGGACGGUUGGUAGAUUUGUUAGAAAGAGCAAGAGUCUCAUUGCAGUUAAUCAGGUAUUUAGCUUUGGAUGAGGCUGAUAGGAUGUUGGAUAUGGGUUUCGAGCCUCAGAUAAGGAAGAUUGUCCAACAGAUGGACAUGCCUCCUCCUGGUGUUAGACAAACAAUGCUAUUCAGUGCUACGUUUCCCAAAGAAAUACAGCGGUUAGCAGCAGAUUUCCUGUCAAAUUAUAUUUUUUUGGCUGUUGGAAGAGUUGGUUCAAGUACGGAUUUGAUUGUCCAGAGAGUGGAAUAUGUGCAUGAAUCUGACAAGAGAAGCCAUCUUAUGGAUCUUCUUCAUGCUCAAAGAGCAAAUGGUGUCCACGGCAAGCAAGCUCUUACUUUGGUUUUUGUGGAGACCAAAAAGGGUGCUGAUGCUCUGGAACACUGGCUUUGCAUGAAUUCUUUCCCGGCUACAGCUAUUCAUGGUGACCGAACACAGCAGGAGCGAGAACAGGCCCUGAGGUCAUUUAAAACUGGCAACACUCCCAUAUUGGUUGCUACAGAUGUGGCAGCCCGUGGUCUUGAUAUCCCUCAUGUUGCUCAUGUUGUCAACUUUGAUCUUCCAAAUGACAUUGAUGAUUAUGUACACCGAAUUGGAAGAACUGGGCGAGCUGGAAAAUCUGGUCUAGCUACUGCUUUUUUCAAUGAGAACAACACCUCUUUGGCUAGGGCAUUGUCCGAUCUGAUGCAGGAAUCAAAUCAAGAAGUACCUGCUUGGCUGGCUCGCUUUGCAGCUCGAUCUGGACAUGGCAAGAGCCGCCGUGGAGGAGGUCGCUUUGGUGGUCGUGAUUUCAGGCGAGACUCCUCGUUUACCAGAGGAGGCUCGGACUAUUAUGGUGGUGGAGGCAACUUCAGUGGUGGAUAUGGUGCCGCUCCUAGUUACGGUGCUCCUGCUGGUUAUGGUGGAGCCUAUAAUCCUGGAGUGACAAGUGCCUGGGAUUAA